GCACUCUCCUCUCCUCUCUCACUCUCCUCUCCUGCAUGGACCUGCAGUAUAUUGGAGCUCCACUGCAGUAUUGAGAAGGGCAGGACGGCUGUGUUAGUACCAUGCGUUAGAAGGAUGGUGCACCAGGAGAAACGCGUUUACCAGGCUCAGAGGAAUGAGAGAGAGUCAAUCAGGCAGAAACUUGCCCUUGGCAGUUUCUAUGACGACGAGCCUGUCAUCUAUACCAGCUGCAGCAAAAGCACCCCAUCCUUACGGCUACAGAGUGGGGUGAACCUGCAGGUCUGUUUUGUUAACGACAGCAGCAGUGAUAAAGACAGUGAUGCUGAGGACAGUAGGACGGAGACAGAAACUAGCCUGGACACACCAUCACCGAUGAGCAAGCAGAGUUCAUCGCUGUCAGACCGUGACACUGCAGAGGAGGACUCAGAUCCGUUAGAUGACUGCAGUGGGUUUUGGCGGGUGCAGCGAAGGCUGCAAGAAGAGGCCCGGGUUGCGCUGGCUUUAGCUCGACCCAUGGCCCGCAUGCAGGUGGAGGUGGAGAGGCAAAUUCAGCUGCACAGACGUUCACCUGUCGCCGACCUGCUCCCUAAUCUGCCCCACAUUAGUGAGGGGUUGGUAAAGUGGAACCUAAAGCGUGGGGACAUGAGAGACAUGAGCCUGGGACAGCUGCAAGUCAUAACGAAUGACUUACACUCACAGAUUCAAAAUCUAAAUGAGGAGCUGGUGCAGUUGUUACUAAUGAGGGAUGAGCUGCACGUGGAACAAGAUGCUAUGCUGGUGGAUAUAGAAGACCUCACUAGGCAUGCACACAGCCAUCAGCGGCACCCCACAGAGAAAGCAGUCUCUAAAUAGACAUCCUGUUUACACGUUUCCAUCAGCACGCCAUCCAACCACCUAUACCAGAGACUGUUGAGUUGAUGGUGUUUUGUGUUUUUUAACUCAAGGCAUAGUGAUGAUUUCCGGAAAGCCCCAAAACCUAGCCUAUAGUAUAAAACAAAUGCAGUUUAACACAUCCCAUGACUCAGUCUGAAAACUCCCCAAACCAGAAUCAAAAAAGAAUAAGAUCAGUGAUUUCAAGAUGGACACAAAUGAGUUGGUGCAGGCGUCUUACUCUCACUAAUAAUAAGUCAUGCUAUAUUGUUUGUUUGGAUGGGGGAAUCCUUUUGACCCAUGUCUAUUCUUUGCUUUUGGGGAAUUUUUGCACAGAACCCUCAUUUUUGGGAAUACUUCACGAGACUCAUUUCUCAUUUUCUUUCCUUUUUUAGAACAUGGAUUUAGCCCUCUUCCAAUACGCCACAUAAAAAAAAAGUUUAGUUCAGUGAGUAAAAUGCAUCUUUUAUUUCACCAUGAGCAGCAUAUUAAAGUUUUUUUCAAUGUUGAGAAUCCCUUUUAGCGUGUGCUUGGAACAAAAAUUUCUGUCCAUAAAUAGUGAGUUAACAUUAAGGAAGUAAAAAAAGAUUUAAAGUUAAGUAUCAAACUUUUGAUAGGAAAUAUGCAAAAUCAUUUAUGUUUUCCUCACAAACAAAUAUAUUAACAAAUAACAGUCAGAGAAUAAUCUAUUUUAUCUGUGUACAUGUUAAGAAACUUUAUUUAUAGAAUGACUUGUUUAGAUGUGUUUGGUGUUUUCACACUCAGCUUUCUAAGAAUGUCAACUCGUACAAAGAUCAACUUUAUAUUGUUUGCUUCAUUAAGAAAUGCACUGUACAAUGAUUGUAACAAUGAAUCAAGUAAUAAUAAAUGUUUCAGUGA